AUGAAAAUCACUGAGGAUGGAAUCAAGACAGAGCAUGGAGAAUUACAUCAUCUUGAUGUGAUCAUUUGUGCAACAGGCUUCAAGGUUGGAUUCCGACCAUGGUUUGAAGUCAAUGGAAAGGAUGGAAGAGAUCUCGCGGAAGAAUGGGAUCCUGAUCCAAGGUUUGAUGAUUUCCUCAACGUUUAUAUUGACCGACUGACCCUUCCAUCAGUUGCUACCUCGGCAUUGCAGCGCCAGGCUGCCCCGAACUAUUUCUUAGGACUCGGACCUCGUGGGCCUUGGGGCAAUGAAAGCGUGGUUGUAUUGGUAUGUCGUAUGAUUGAAGCAGUGAAGCAGGAGACUGAUGCCAAAUAG